GCGCAGGAGAUUCUCACCAGGACGCUUCCUGGAUUAGAGAGCGUGAGCUAAAAGGAGAGGUUGGACAAACUUGGAUUGUUUUCUCUGGAGCAGUGGAGGCUGAGGGGAGACCUUCAGAGAUUUGUAAGGUUACGAGAGGCACAGAUAGAGUAGACAGCCGGUACCUUUUCCCCAGGAAAUGUCUAAUACCAGAGGGCGUGCAUUUAAGGGAGCAGGGGAGCCCAAGAUGGUGAGGCUCCUUCCGCCGGUGUACCUGCUUCUGCUGGGUGCCCGGCUCGUCCACUGCUUCUUCCCGAUCUUAGGCAUGGAGAGUAGGACACAUUACAACAUCACCGAGACUGCAACGCUCCAGGCCGUCCUCAAGGUUCUCCAGGAGAUUCCCAGUCCGGAAGGGAACAUCGUGCCAGCUGGGACCUUCCGAACCGAUGGCAGUGACCUGACGGCAGAGAGACUCUUCGCCGCAUAUUACGGGAAGCCGGUGUCCGGGUGGCGAUUCACCCUCGCGAUCCUGGAGAUGGGGUUGGCGAACGGCAUGGUGGACGCGCUCUACAUGCUGGACAGCAGGAGGCACUUCGAUUCAGAGACCUUUCUGGAGGGCAAGGAGUUGUUGCUGAGGGGCAAGGCCAGUGUGGUGCGGAGAAUCCUGGCGGGCAAGCACUCCUCCGCCCGCAUCAGCAUGGGAGCCGCGCUCCACACUCUGCAGGAUUUCUACAGCCACAGCAACUGGCUGGAACUCGGAUAUGAAACUCCCAACAGCACCUCAUCAAACCCAAGCAGCCGAUCGGGAAUAUCGCAGAGAAGGGCUGUCCGACCUGCAAGGACUGUGCGGACCCGGAAUCCUGCCGGAACAACAUCCUGCCCGACGUCCUCAGUCGGAAGAUCAUCACCACUGGCUAUUUCAGUCUCAAUCCGUUCAGCAGGCCCCGAGGCAAGUGCAGUCACGGUGGGUGGUUCGACCGGACGGAGCCCGGGAUCGGUGGGAUCAACAAGGACAACGCUGACCUCUCCGCACGGACACAUCCACCUCCAGGCAGCUGCUGUCGCUACACAGGCCUCCCUCGAACUCUUCCUGGACAUCCGCGAUGCUGUCGGUGACAGAGCGUUCCUGCAGUUCCUGUGCGUGGACCCCCCCACUGGGAUCUCCUUCGUCAUGGAUACCACAGGCAGUAUGAAUGGACAGCAUCGAGGCCGCCAAGCAGAGGACCAUCCACAUCGUGCAGAGCACCCGCCGCUCCCGGUUCCAGCCCUCCUCCUACACCCUGGUCCCGUUCAACGAUCCCGCAGGGCGACCAAAACCGAACACAAUCUCCAAGUGCGGCCUCACCGACGUCCUGUAUAACUGCAACAUCACCUCCCAACU